AUGUUUAGGAUUGACCCGAUGAACUACGAGCUCAGCCGCAGGAUCCAAGCCUUCGAUGCCUUUAUCAGUCAUGACUGGCGUGCAACGCACAGCGGGAAGUUCCUGUGCUUGACCAUCAUUUUUAACUCGCCGGCCGCAGCCGUGGCCAGCUCGCUGGUCAGCAUUCUCCUGGGGAUCCUCGUGCUGUGCGAGGUGAUCGAUGAUGACCUCGCCCUGUUGUUGACCCCCAUCUGCCUGGCAACCUUCUACAUUGUUCUCUUCUCAUGGCAUUGGUUGCGAUGCCUCAUCCGGAGGCCCGUGAUGAUAUUCCUGGACAAGUUUUGUAUUGCACAGCAUAGCGAAGAGUUGAAGAUGAAGGGCAUUCUGGGCCUUGGUGCGUUCUUGCUUCAGUCGAAAAACCUUCUUGUUCUAUGGUCGCCACAGUACUUCAGCCGAUUGUGGUGCACGUAUGAGCUGGUGACCUUCCUCAAGGACAAGCCACGGCAAGAUGCGGUCACUUUCAUGCCAGUGAAGAUGAGUUACCUUCUCUUCCUGUUCUCAGCAUUCUGGCACGCGGUUGUGUUCAGUUACUACCUCUUGCAGGAGGUGCUGGACAUUGUCAUUGGUACGGAUGAGACAGAUGAUCUUUUUCUUAGCUACUUGCUGUUCCUGGUGGGAUGUCUAGCAUGUCUGGUGAUCCCUUUCGUGAACUACUUGGGCAUUGAGCUGAUGAGUGACUUGGAAAUCUUGCCCAAGCAGCUGGAAACCUUUCGAAUUCAAGAUGCGUCCUGCUUUUGCUGUUCGAACGGCCACACGCACCCGGUCACCGGUCGAAGUAUCCCAUGUGACCGCCAGCUGGUACAUGAAACGUUGUGCAAUUGGACAAACGGCCGUCCCGGGAUGCAGAAGGACACGGAGGCAACCUUGGAAUUCUUCAACGAUUUGGUGCAGCAGCGCCUGUCCCGGGUGGUGUUGCAGAGCCUGCGCGGGACCUUCCCCGCCAUGCAUGUGCUCUGCAUGACGUGCGUGUGCAACGUCCCGUUCAUUUCCGUGUACAUUGCCGCAGGCAUUCUGAAGAUGUUGGAGGGCGGCGAGGGCGAGGAGGGCGAGGAUGGGGAGGAUGGGGAGGAUGUGGGAGCUGGAGUGAUCCUUCGCGGCUUUUGCCAGGCAACAUAUCCUGUACUGGUCAUCCUGUUUGCAGCGAGGUUUUUUCAACCCCUCCUGAAGUUGGGGCUCUUUUUACAGAAGCUGGUGCCGCGAGCCGUUGCCUCGUGCCUGCUGGUGCCGGUAAUGCUCGCCUUCAGUAUCCUUACAUGGUUUCCGUUCGAGUAUACUCUGCAGCUCACCGAAGACGAGGAGGACAAAUUGCUACCAUUGAUUCCCUAUGCUGCACUGUUGCUGGCCACUGCGUUUGCCUACGCCCAUUGCCUUUGUGCCAACACGCGACCGACAGUUGAGGUCGGAUGCCAGGCCAGGAGUGAAGCCCGAGAAAAGGAUGAGGCUGCAGAAUCUGAAGACUCCACCGUUUCACUGUAG